AUGCACGCCGUCUCCCUUGACGACUCCAACCUCCGCCGCUUCAACGCCCUCUCUUACGUCUGGGGCAAACCAGUCUUCGACCAACUAGUCAUCAUCAACGGCGUCGAGGUACGAGUCACAGAGAACCUCUACCUCGCCCUACGCGACCUCCUUCGAUCGGCUACUGACGCCAGUUGGUGGGUCGACGCCGUGUGCAUCAACCAAGCUAACACGGAAGAACGCGGGAGCCAGUUGCAGAUGAUGAGCCGGAUAUUCAGCAGCGCCGCAGCUACCGUGGCGCACCUUGGCUCUUUCCGCCCGACGCCAGCGCUGAGUCUGCUCAAAACGCUGGCGACGCAGUACAGACAACCCGGCUCGUUGGAAUGGAUAGUCGCAGCGGCGAGUAACCCCGAGUUUGUGGAAGGGUGGAAGGCGUUGGUAGAGCUGCUCAGCGUGCCAUACUGGUCGCGCGCAUGGAUCCUGCAGGAGACAAUCGUAUCUCUCCGGCUGGAGCUCUUCGACCCGGAGGGGCCCUGGUUAGAUGUCUGGAACCUGUUAUACGCUGUCAUGUACAUCACGUUGAUGAAAGAUUACAUUGAAAAAGCGCUCCAGGACGGACCAGGAGUGUACCUCAAGAAUCUAGACAUGGUCAGGAAUCAGCUGGGAAUGAGGUUCAUAUACUGGCCGGACGAGACGCGCCGGCCGCUUCGAUUAAUGACGACACUGUUAAAUGCGCUGCGACUCAAAGCUAUGGACCCACGGGAUCAUUUGUAUGCCCUGCUUGCCAUGACGGAAGACGGGCUAGAUAUCGUCGGAAGGCCCGAUUAUGCGACGCCAACGAGUCGAGUUUUCGCGUCAUUUGUUCAGUCCUGCUAUCACAGAUACGGAAUCUUGGACAUGAUUCUUCUGAGUGCCUACCCCAGAAGGCUCGAAGGAAUGCCGUCUUGGGUGCCAGACCUCAGCAGCUUUGAAGGGCAGAUCUACAGAAACACAAUCGCCCUAGAGAACCUCCUGAUGCUCAACUCUUCAACUGAAACACCAGGGGUGGAAGACGUAGCGAAACAGGGAGGACAGCGUCUCCCUUGGGAGGAGUUGCGGUUCAAGGCCAGUGGAUGGUUGCCGAGGAACGCCGAGUUUUCGACGGACCUUCGCAUCCUUAAAGUGGGUGGCAUCCUGUUAGGAAAUGUUACUGGACUCGGUGGCUGGGUUGGCGUAUCCGUGAAUGAGCGAGAUUAUAAGUUCGAAGCCAACCAUCCUUGCGAACAGCAAAUGGACGAUCCUACCCAGCCCUUCUCCAUGUCUAGGACUACGCUGCUGGAGGCGGUGGCCCACAGUCUCACAAUUGGUGUCCUCCCAAACAUGACGAGCGCUAUCCCAUCGGGUCUUCUUGGUCAAAUCCUUAUAGCGAUGGUGCACUCGGUGACGGAGGGCAAGCUCUCUCCCCAGUUUCUUUGGGCAUUGGACAGCUGGUGGAGCGGUAACAAGGACCUGCGCAUAGGGCACAAGGCCCUGUCCUUAUGGCUGCUCGCGGACGGACAAAUUUCCGAAAGACGAACGCUGGAACUCAACCAAACGUUGGAGAAUAUGCAGGUUACGGCACAUGGCACAUCACCCGCAAAUCCCGAGGCCAUUCUGAAUAUCUUCCUCAAGCGCCUCAUUCACGUCACCUUCGAGAUGCAACGACGGUUACUGGUAACACAGAAGGGACAGUUAUCCUGA